UGGAUUUCUGCUCUUGUGGGCCUUUAAACCAUCUGUCUGACUUUGUUGUUCACACAGGAGAGAGACAAGACUAUCGUGGAUCCUCUGAGGAGCCUCAACAACAUCAUGAUGCUGACGAGGCAGAGAAGAGUCUCUCCAGAGCAGAAAACCUCAAGAAACCCCAGCAGAGACCCACAGGGAAGAAAUAUCACCACUGCCCGGACUGUGGGAAGAGUUACUCAAGAUCAGAUUCACUAAAAGUACACCUGAGAAUUCACACAGGAGAGAAACCUCACUGCUGCUCUGACUGUGGGAAGAGAUUUACCUCUUCAGCAGACCUUAAAAGACAUGAGAGAAUCCAUACAGGAGAAAAACCUUAUAGCUGUAAUCAAUGUGGGAAGAGUUUCACAACAUCUAGCCAGCUGACUAUACACCAGAGAACACACACAGGAGAGAAGCCUUACCACUGCUCUGACUGUGGAAAGCGUUUUCUUAAGUCAGGACAUUUAAAAUCACACCAGAGAACACACACAGUAGAGAAACCUUAUAGCUGUGAUCAAUGUGGGAAGAGUUUUACUCACUCAAGCUGCCUGAUAGUACACCAGAGAACACACACAGGAGAGAAACCUUAUAGCUGUGAUCAGUGUGGGAAGGGUUUUGUUACUUCUAGCCGUCUGACUAUACACCGGAGAACACACACAGGAGAGAAACCUUAUGGCUGUGUUCAAUGUGGGAAGGGUUUUGUUACAUCUAGCAGUUUGAUUAUACACCAGCGGACACACAGGAGAGAAAUCAAUGUGGCAAGAGAUACUCUGGUAAAAAAUCUCUGAUUAACUAGCAGAAAAUACAGCCUCCCGAGUGGCACAGUGGUCUAAGGCAUCGUAGUGCGAGCUGUGCCACUAGAGAUCCUGGUUUGAGGCUCUGGGCUGGUGGAAUAGAUUCCCAGUUUGGAAAGAGGGUUCAGUCAGUUAAGGGAACCUAAUUGUGGAAAGACAUUUUUCUAGGACACAGGACCUAGAAUAAGACAAUAUAGAUGCUGUGUUCUGACAAGUUUUUGGCUGAGAAUGUUGUUGAUGCCUGAAAACACAUGAGAGGGAACACACAGUAGAAAAGCCUUUCCAAUGAUCCACUAUGAUAAUGUUGUUGAUGCCAUGUGAAAUCAUGUUUGUAUGAAAAAAAUAGGCCUAGUUGAGUUUUUUCCUCUCGAGACAUGAUCAUGUCUGAAAUCAGAUUAACAUUU